GCCAUAAUACGACGAAUUUGGAAAGAGUAGAAAAUUCAAUAUUUUGAUUUCAUAUUAUCAUCUAAACCUAAACCAAUUACCAAACAGAAUUGUAGUCUAUCAAGUUGGGAGCUGUAAAAUAUGUUGUUGAGAAGAUUUAAUGGAGAUUGAUUGGCAAGUAGCCAUUAUAACAUUAUUACAACCAUUAUAAAUAUUUAUCCAUAAUGGACCCGAAAGAAGGAACAGAGCAUCUUGUAGCUCUCAAAGUUAUGAGAUUAACAAAACCAGCACUUGUGAGUCCUAAAAUUGUUACUUGUGAUUUUAAAGAUUUACCAGGUAACAUACUUAACAAUUAUUUAAAAGAUGAUGCAACUGCAGUAGUUCAAAUGGAAACUCUAGCUGCCGGACAAUUCCUUUUGUUGCCUCAAAGCUUUGGUAACAUUUACUUAGGAGAGACUUUUUCUUGUUAUGUUUGUGUUCAUAAUGAGACAAACCAACCUGUGCAAAGUGUCUCUAUUAAAACGGAUUUACAGACAAGCUCCCAAAAAAUACCAUUUGCUGUUCAACAGCAUCAGUCUCCUGUUAUGCUAGAUACUGAUGAGACUCUUGGAGAAGUAAUACACCAUGAAGUUAAGGAUCUAGGUAUACAUGUAUUGGUAUGUGAAGUCACUUAUAUGUCACAAUAUAACACCUUAGCAUCAUUUAGAAAGUUUUUUAAGUUUGAAGUUGUAAAACCCUUGGAUGUGAAAACAAAAUUUUACAAUGCUGAGUCUGAUGAAGUAUUUCUUGAAACUCAGGUUCAAAAUAUAACAUCUGGCCCCAUAGUUCUUGAGCAGGUUUCUCUUGAAAGUUCUCAACAAUUUUCUGUUAAGUCAUUGAAUGAAGAUACAAGUGGAAAUUCAGUUUUUGGUGAUGUUACACUACUACAACCCCAAGAAAGCUGCCAGUAUUUGUACUGUCUGACAGCAAAAGAGAAUAUUUCCAGGGAUAUUAAGCUGCUUGUAGCAGCUAAAAAUGUUGGAAAAUUGGAUAUUGUUUGGAGGUCAAACUUGGGCGAGAAAGGAAGGUUGCAGACAAGUCAGCUUCAAAGAAUGACUCCUGACUAUGGAGAUAUAAGGGUUACAUAUGAAGAACUGCCAAAUAAAGUGCCUGUUGAUAGUCCUUUUGUUUUUAAAUGUAAACUUGUUAAUGCUAGUGAAAGGACACUCGACUUGAUCCUUAAGUUGAGAUCUCUUCAAGAGUCAAGUUUGAUUUGGUGUGGUAUAUCUAAUAGAAGAUUAGGACCAUUAGAGGCAGGUGGAGUCGUUGAAAUUAGUCUAACAGCAUUACCAAUAAAUACUGGUCUACAUAGCAUUACUGGAAUAUCAUUGGUAGACUUGUUUUUAAAUAGAACAUAUGAUUAUGAUGAUUUAGCAUCUAUUUAUGUAUAUUAAAAUGCCUAACUCAAAUAGUUUACAUAAGGAUAGGUGGAGUAAGACUGACAUAGUUUACUGUUUUUCAUCAAAUAUUGGUGUUUCUAAAAAAGGUCUCACUUUGUAAUUGAUUAUUAGAUUUGGUUAACAGUUGUGAGAACAUAAAUAAAAUAAUGGUGAUUCCUUCGUUAGUUUAUUCAAAACAAUUAUAUUUUGAGAAAACUAAAGAAAUAUCUUAAUUGCUAGUCUUACCCCACUAAUUUACAUCAUAAAAUAAACAUGUUAUUUAAAUUAAUAAAAACCUUUCUUAUUUUAAUUAAUUUUCAAAGAUGAACUUCUAUAACUAAAGGUUCCGAUUGGAAUAUCACACAUUAAUACAAGGUCCCUGACUUCGAAAUGCCUAUUGGCAAAUUCUCUCCAGUACUUUCACCCGGUAAUCCAAGUGAGUCUAACUGAAGCACUUAAAAAUAUGCACACAUCAUUCUAUUUCUGGUUUUAGGAAGUGCUAUUAAUAAUGAAGACAAAUAAUGUAGGUAUAGUUUUGAACAGAUAGAUUCGAACACUCUAUAUAAAAGGUUACAAAAAAUUGCGCGUUAACGUAACAGUACUUGCCGUACGCCAUAAUGAGUAGUUAUUUCCGUGAGUGCGCUGAAUUUUUGAUUGUUUGAAUUUAUACCCAAUAUUCGGUAAGGUGAUAUUCUUAUAGCACAAUUUUAUUAUAUGUAUAAGACAUCAUAUUAUAUAAUUAUAAUAGUGUGGAUAUAUAGUAUUUGUUGAUAUAAAUUAGACUUGAAAUAGGGUCCAUUCAAAUUGAAUAACGUUGUUGAAGUGUAGCUUCCUUUGUCUGUUUUUUUCUGUUCAUUUAGUUUUACUUGGAAAAUUAUCAUACAAUGCAGUUCAUUAGUAAUUUUUUCCAAAUUAUAUUUUAUAUUAUACACAUGCAAUCUCGCACUUCUUCACUCGCACGGUUUCUGUCGGCGCAAGAAGUUUUCAACAUGGUUUUUUUAAACCUUUUUGUUCUAUGAUGUACAUGUAUUAUACAUUACUGAGAAGCUUUUUUUAAUUCUAUUUUGUUGAAGGUUUUUUUAACAGAAAACGUAGAUAAUCAUAAACAUAAAAUACAAAAUAAAAAUCUUCGAAUUUA